UGUGUAUGUGUUGUGUGGGUGAGCUUGUGUGCAUACGUGUGUGCAGACUUGUGUUUUGGCACCUUGGCAACCUGCGACUGUGUGCCUCUGCAUUGCAGCAAACAGGUUAGAAUUACAUACAGAGAAUCUUAUAAAUAAUAUCAGCGCAAGCUCUCACAUAUGGCGUGGACAGAAGAUAUUUAUCCACACUUUGAGCCGUUUGAUCCCCAUGCUUUUCAGAUAUUUCCUGCUCCUCAGCAGCCCACCACUAUCCUACAGCAGCUCCCAGCGACCGUGAUGCCUCCUGGCUCUGCUUCUUCCAUUAGGCCUGGUGGUCACGUCAAGGAGGACCUUGUAGAGCUGAUGAUGAUCCAGAAUACCCAGAUGCACCAGGUCAUCAUUAAUAACAUGACCAUGUCGGCUCUGAGCUCAUUUGGAUACUUCAGCCCUCCGCUGGGCCCUGAGGCUCCCAGAGAUCUGGUUAUAAUUCAAGAGAAUGAGGCUGACCUAGAGACAUACCACCACUAUUACCCGCCUGCCUCUCACCUGUCCUCCCCUGCAUGGCUCCUGCCUCAGGCCACACUGGGCUGCAAAGACCCCAACAAACCCACCUCCUCCCCGCCACUCACAGACAGGCCUGCUCCCCCGCCUAGCAGCUCUGGGACUGUGGGAGCCCACGUCAUGCCUGCAGCAGAGAGCAACAGUGCUGCCGAGGCAGGAGCAGAGAAGAAGAGAGAGAGUGAUUAUUAA